AAAAUGCACAGCUUUUCGGUGUGUCAUCGGAAGACCAAGAAUGAUACUCUGUAUCUUUGUUUCUGUACUUGCUAUAGCAAGCGCGAACUUCGACUACCCUGGCAGGCCAGACUUAGAGGACGUGAAAAAGUUUUAUCAGCCUGGAAGCAUAAUUUACUCAUUGAAGAGAACGUACUUUUCGAAAAUUGAGGGCGAGGACCCGAUAUGCAUUCAUAAUAAAGUGGAGAAUUUCUCUGACAGUACCAUAACUCUUAUGCAAGGAUACGCUUAUCAUUCAGGAAAAAUCUCAGUCUAUUACCCAGUUAAAAUGGAUGUUUCAAGGGCAACAGGAUACGAUGUAGCUCCUUUAUUGCGGGCCGUUCAAACAUCACCGCCCGAUAUGAAGAGACAAUACUUCUUUCAUUACUACGACCCUGUGGCUCAAUGUGCGGUUCUCACAUUCAAGGACUACACUGGUACCCUGAGAUGUGAGCUGCAUACUUGGAAAGAGAAGGCAUCGUAUAAAUUUUAUGGAAACUGCCAAGACGAAUACGACUACCAGUGUCCAGGGCGCAAAAGUCACAGCGUGUAUUUAUAUGAUUGUCCGAAUGCCGCAUCCUCCUAAUAUUAUACACUAUACAUAAAGGAAUGCGGAAUGGGCUUACACUAGGCCUCUGUGUUGUGAUACUGCUUGGUAAUAAACAAAG